AUGAACGACGACGAGAAAAUCUUGGAUAUUUCAAAGAAGAUCGAGCGCGAGAAGGCGCUGAUCAAUGCCGCUAAUCUUAUGCGGCAGCAGACCAACAAUGAAGCCGUCCGCUCGAAGCUCGACACCCAAAUGCGCGAGGGCCGCCGCAACCUCGAGUUCUUCGAGGAGCGCCUCCGCGAGCUCCAGAUGCGUCGUCUGGGUCAGUCAGUAGAGAAUAUGUCGCUCGGAGGCUCGCAAGGCGGUUCUUACAAAGGCCACGAUCAGGGCGAUGACGGCAGCGGUCGACCUGCUGUUCCCCCGAAGGAUGCCUACGGCCAGGCGCCUGGCCAGCCCUAUCCCGGGCAAUCCCACUACCCCAAGGCUCGCCCGAACUUCACGAAGCUCGACCUUAUCAAGUUCGAUACCCCAUAUCUGGGGCCCCGCAUCCAGCUGAUGCUUUCACAGAUUCAGUUCAAACUCAAUGUUGAGGAACAGUAUCUCAAGGGCAUCGAGAAGAUGGUCCAGCUCUAUCAGAUGGAAGGGGACAAAAAGAGCAAGGCCGACGCGGCCGCUAAGCGCAUCGAAAGCACACAGAAGAUCGUCUUGCUCAAGCAAGCCCUCAAGAGAUACGAGGAGCUACACAUUGAUAUGGAUGAAGAUGGAGCCGAUGAUAAUAGUAUCAAUAUGCCCAACAUGAGAAGGCCUUUGACUGGUCAGCUUUCUAUCCGCGUCAUUGCUGUCAAGGAUGUUGACCAUGCCCCUACGAGCCGCUUUUCUCGCUCUCCCGAGACCUUUGUCACGAUUAAAGUUGAGGACAACAUCGUGGCGCGGACAAGAGCAACCCGGAACGACAAGUGGGAGGCCGAGUUCCACAACAUCUUCGUCGACAAGGCCAAUGAGGUUGAGUUGACCGUUUACGACAAGCCGGGCGAGCACGCCCUUCCCAUCGGGUUACUAUGGAUCAGGAUAUCCGACAUCGCUGAGGAACUCCGUCGUAAGAGGAUCGAGGCCGAGACCAACUCGACCGGUUGGGUGUCGGCAGACAGACUUGGUGCUGCUCCUCGGGUCCCCCCUCCACAGUUUCCCAUGGGGCCCCAUGGCCCUCAGUUUGCUGCUCCUCCGACCUCGCCUUCGUCACAGUCCACGUACCCUCAGCCCCAAAUGCAGACGCCCAUCGUUACCCAGCCCAUCGACGCGUGGUUCAACCUUGAACCGACGGGACAGAUCCAGCUGAGCCUCAACUUCGUGAAGGAGAACAAGGCGCCACGGCCAUUCGAUGCCGGUCUCAACAGAAAGGGUGCCGUUCGCCAGCGCAAGGAGGAGGUCCACGAGAUGUACGGACAUAAAUUUGUCCAGCGUCAAUUCUACAAUAUCAUGCGCUGUGCCCUCUGCGGUGACUUCCUCAAGUACUCGGCUGGCAUGCAGUGCGACGACUGCAAGUACACCUGCCACACCAAAUGCUACACCAGUGUCGUCACGAAGUGCAUCAGCAAGAGCAAUGCUGAGACCGAUCCCGAUGAGGAGAAGAUCAACCACAGGAUUCCUCACCGCUUCCAACCCUUCUCGAACAUCAGCGCAAACUGGUGCUGCCACUGUGGUUACAUGUUACCUAUUGGCUCUAAGAAGAACUCGAGGCGAUGCGUGGAAUGCGGCCUUACUGCGCACACACAAUGCAUCCACCUAGUGCCCGAUUUCUGCGGCAUGCCUAUGUCUGUAGCAAACCAAAUCCUGGAGGGUAUUCGGACUACAAAGAGGAAUCGGGCGGAGAAAGCUGCGUCCAUGAGCGAGAGGACACUUAGGGCAUCGGGCAAGCCUGCGGGCAGCCCUCAGCCGGGAACUGGCUAUCCACCAGGCUCUUCUCAUGGCGCACAACCCGCCUCACCAGAGGCUACGGAAGCUGCCAAGAUUAUGUACAACCAGUCCUCCCCUCAGAGGACCUCCGUCCCUGAUCGGAGCUCGAUCGGCAGCACCACAGCCUCUGCUGCUGCCGCUGCUGCCAUGUCACCGAAACCUGCUCCUCAGCCAGCUCCGACAGUUACCCAGAUACCAGAUUUUGGCCCCGGCCAUUACGGUUCUUCGGGAACGUAUGGGAGCCGUCCAGCAACCAGAGAUGAGGAUUACUACAGUACUUCAUCUGCACCACCACAACAACAACCGCAGCCGUAUGGUCAACCGCAGCAGCGCAAGUACAACCCCGCGGAUUACGCCAACAUUGGCGUGUAUCCUGGCCAACCUCCUGUUCAGCCUCGUCCGGUUCAACAGCCAGUCAUGCAACAGCAAUAUGUUCCCCAGAUGUACCAGCCACAGCAGCCUCAGCAACAACCCCAACAGCAGGUUGCUCCCUCUCCUAAGCCUCAACCGGCCCCUACCCAGGUGCCGCAAACGGGUCCAGCGACGGCGGCAAAUAUCCCUGUCCCGGCCCGGAAGCCUCUGCCAUCCGCUACGGAUCCCGGUACUGGUCAGCGCAUUGGUUUGGAUCACUUCAACUUCCUUGCGGUGCUUGGUAAAGGUAACUUCGGCAAGGUCAUGCUUGCUGAGACCAAGCGCAGCAAGAAACUCUACGCUAUCAAGGUGCUCAAGAAGGAGUUUAUUAUUGAACAUGACGAAGUCGAGAGCAUCAAGUCGGAGAAGCGUGUCUUCCUGAUCGCCAACCGCGAGCGUCAUCCAUUUCUCACGAACCUGGCUGCUUGCUUCCAAACUGAGACCCGUGUGUACUUUGUCAUGGAGUACAUUAGUGGUGGUGAUUUGAUGCUUCACAUUCAGCGCGGGCAGUUUGGCACCAAGCAAGCUCAGUUCUACGCUGCCGAGGUUUGCUUAGCGCUCAAGUACUUCCAUGAGAACGGCGUUAUAUACCGCGAUCUCAAGCUCGAUAACAUUCUCCUGGGCCUUGAUGGCCAUAUCAAGAUCGCCGAUUAUGGUCUCUGCAAGGAAGACAUGUGGUACGGCUCAACGACAAGCACCUUCUGCGGUACCCCUGAGUUCAUGGCCCCUGAGAUCAUUCUCGACAAGAAAUAUACCCGUGCGGUUGACUGGUGGGCGUUUGGCGUCCUUAUUUACCAGAUGCUCCUGCAGCAGUCUCCCUUCCGUGGCGAAGACGAAGAUGAGAUCUAUGACUCGAUUCUGGCCGAUGAGCCACUGUAUCCCAUCUACAUGGCGCGUGACAGUGUUGCCAUUCUGCAGAAGCUGCUUACGCGCGAGCCGGAGCUCCGUCUGGGUAGCGGUCCGACCGACGCCCAGGAGGUCAUGUCGGAACCCUUCUUCCGCAACAUCAACUGGGACGACAUCUACCACAAGCGUGUUGAGCCGCCGUUCAAACCGACCAUCAAGAGCCCAACCGACACAAGCAACUUUGACAGCGAAUUCACGAGCGUCACUCCUGUGCUCACGCCGGUUAAUACUGUCCUGUCGCAAGCUAUGCAGGAGCAAUUCCGUGGAUUCUCGUAUACGGGCGAGUUUUACGAAUAA